AUGAGCUCAUACUACUGUAACAAUUGCUCUUUCUGCUGUGAACAAUGGAAAACAUAUGUGAGACAUUGCUUUGAAGCUCAUGCAAGUGAAUUCAACUUCAGUUUUUCAUGCAGAAUAGACAGCUGCCCUAGGUCCUUUAACACACUCUCUAGUUUUCAAUCACAUGUUUUAAGAAAGCACCCAAAUUCACAACCUCCCCCUGUUCCAAUAAAUGUACUGGACGAAGAAGGAGAUACUGGUAGAUCCUCCCAAUCUGAUACUGAAGAUUUAUCCGACGGCCAGCAAGAUACUCCGACCGACUCGGAAGAUACUGACUCAGAAGAUCCCCUAGAUUCUGUAAAUCCAGGCCCACACUCGUAUGAUGGCGCACAAAAAUCGGCAGCCUUGUUCUUGUUAAGGAUGAAAGAGCAGCACCGACUCACUCAAGUCUCUAUAGACUUUGUCGUUUCCCAUAUGAAUGGCAUAAUCUCAAGUGUCAUGCAGAGCACACAGGAAAAAGUUUGUGAUAGCAUUCGAGGACAACUUACAGAUGUUCAAAUGGAAACAGAUCCACCAGAUGUUUCAAGUUGCUUUGCACCUGUCAAUCCAUUUGAAGGCCUUGAAACAGAGCAUAAACAGCUAAAAUUCUAUCGGGACCACUUCAACCUUGUGGAGCCAGUGACUGUUGAACUUGGAAUAAUCCAAAGAUAUAGGCAGAGAGGUUUUACUUCUACUCUUGUGGAUCAGCCAGAAAACUUUCAGUACGUCCCUUUGAUCGAGGGUCUGAAUGCUUUGUUUGAUAAUGAGGAAUUUCUUGAUGAGGUUCUGCAGUCUCAUUCAAGAUCUGAUGGCUAUAUUUCUGAUUAUUGCGAUGCUACAUUUUUCAAAUCUCAUGAGAUGUUUCGUAAAAAUAAUAAUGAACUGCAGUUAAUCAUGUAUUUCGAUGAAAUCGAGGUAUGUAAUCCUCUCGGAGCACAAAGAGGGAUUCAUAAAUUAGGUAUGUUCUAUUACAUGCUAGGGAAUCUAAGACCGGAAUUAAGAGCGACUCAGCGGUCUGUUCAGCUGAUUGCGUGUGUUACUAAUAGUAACAUUGUGAAGUAUGGAUUCGAACCUAUUCUCAAACCGUUUAUUGAUGACGUCAAAAAACUUUCAGAGGAAGGUAUUACUAUUAAAGGACGAACACUUCACGGUACAGUCCUCUCACUACUGGCAGACACUCAGGCGGCGCAUGCCAUUGGUGGCUUCAAAGUGGGUGUAGGAUGGGCUUUAAGGAAUUGUAGGAUCUGUAUGGCCACAAAAGAGCAAAGUCAACAAAUGUUUCAUGACGAUCAUUUUCAGCGAAGAAACCCUUCAUCUCACAAUCUCCAAUGUUCUCUCCUUAAUGGCCCCCAUAGUACCGCUGACUCUACAACGUAUGGAAUUAAUGAACGUAGCGUACUCAACGAUAUUCCAUACUUUCAUGUUGCGAAACCUAUGUUACCUCAAGAUGUAAUGCAUCUAUUGUUUGAAGGCGUAAUUCCGUGGGAAGUUAAACUUAUGUUGACGAAGUUCAUAAAGGAGAAGCACUACUUCAAAUUAGAUGAACUGAACGGAAGGAUUCAAAAUUUUGCGUAUGGGCGAUCUGAAUCUAGGAACAAACCCCCCCAUACCUUUGAACCAAAUCACAUUUUUGAAAGUUCAAAACUCCCUGUCUCUGCUAGCCAAAUGUGGACCUUGGCCAUAUUCCUACCCUUAAUGAUUGGAGAUAAAAUCCCUGAGGAAGACCCACACUGGCAAUGUUUUCUCCUUCUUCUGGAGAUUAUCAAGUUUUGCACAGCACAGACAGUGUCUGAAGCUUACUCUAAGUGUUUAGCUGCUUAUAUUGAGCAGCAUCAUCUGGAGUUUCGCCGUUGCUACCCGUCAAUAUCAAUGAUUCCAAAAUCUCACUACAUGGUUCACUUUCCACAGCAAAUGCUUGAACUUGGUCCUUUAGUGACUAGUUGGUGUAUGCGAAUGGAAGCAAAGAAUGCCUAUUUUAAGAGAGUUGCACAGAUAGGAAACUUCAGAAACGUGGCAUACUCCGUAGCGAGACGGCAUCAGAGGCUUCUUUGUGGAUAUUUACAUGGACAAUUCUUCACCUAUCAUGAAUUGCAAUGUGGCCCUUGUAAAGCACAUACCACCACAGUGCUGGGAGAAGAUUCCCUAAAAGAUGAUGUUUUGUGUGUUUUGCCAGAGACAGAUGCAAGUAACAAAGUAUCGAGACCUAACUGGAUAAAAUCAUAUGGCCAAGAGUACCACAGGUCCUCCUUUGUUCAUUGUGGGUGGCAAACUACCGAUGAUUUACCAGUAUUCGCCAAGAUUUGUGACAUUUUGGUAAUUGUUAACUGUCCUCUUCUAUAUGUUGAAGUGUUUGAUACUGAAGGGAUGAAUAAUCAUUUGUCAGCAUACGCAAUAGUCCGCACACUCAGAAAAAAAGUUAUUCACCUUCCCACUUGUGCCAACAAACAAGUUUAUUAUUCACAUACUUCUCAAGGUGAUAGGAGACUAUACAUUGCUGUACGUUCUUUUGUGGCACAGACAUGAUCUAUUUUUUGUAAUGUUUGCUGAUGUGUUAUAUUGCGUUCGCUAUAUAUAGUUAAAGGG